UACUUCCUCUCCGCACACCCACACAAGAAGAAACUCCCGAAUCAGAACGCGCUGAAACCCAAUCGAAGCUUCCAUUACUAUUACGUCAUACGUAGAACCUUCCAUUGGAUUCAGGAAGGAUAGCAGUGACGGAUUUCAUCGACGAAGAGCGGAAGAGGGAGAACCCAAGUUAGGGUUUCUGUGAUCUCCUACAUGAUCGGAAUCCUUUGCGGAAAGAUUUCUGGUUUCAGUUCAGGGAAGGGAGUGAAGUUCUUGGGUUCGCUUCAAGAUUCCAUCUUUCUAUUAAGCCCAUGGAUUUAGACGGAGGGAACAAGCGGGUUUUCAAUCGACUUGGGGGCCCUUCAGGGGCAGCAGCAGCAACAGCAACCGACGCAGGCAAACAUCAGAAAGUAUGUACUUAUUGGAAAUCUGGCAAGUGUACGCGAUUCCCCUGCCCGUUCUUACACCGCGAACUACCUGCUCCGACCGCUGCCACCGCCAACGGAUCAGGGGGCGGGAAGCGGUUUGCAGAUGACCGGGGGUUUUCGGGGCCAGCAGCUCGACGGGGUCCGAACUUUAAUGCUCAUAAUAAUAGUUGGGGGAGAGUGGGGGCUAACAAGGUGGUUCGAAAGACGGAGAAAGUGUGUAAUUUUUGGAUGCAAGGGAGCUGUAAUUAUGGGGAUAAGUGUAGAUUUUUACAUUCUUGGAGUUUAGGGGAGGGAUUUUCAUUGUUGACCCAGCUCGAGGGGCACCAGAAAGUUGUUAGUGGAAUUGCCCUACCAUCAGGGUCUGAUAAACUUUAUACAGGGAGUAAUGAUGAGACCGUGAGGAUUUGGGAUUGCGCAUCUGGCCAGUGUAUGGCUGUAGUUAAUCUUGGCGGUGAGGUUGGUUGCAUUAUCAGUGAAGGCCCUUGGUUGUUUUUUGGCAUACCAAAUUUUGUCAAGGCAUGGAAUACUCAGACAAAUGCUGAUCUGAGCCUUAGUGGACCUGUUGGACAAGUAUAUGCUUUGGUUGUUGGUAAUGAAUUGCUCAUUGCUGGGACACAGGAUGGGACUAUUUUAGCAUGGAAAUUUAAUGUUGCCACCAACUCCUUUGAACCAGCUGCAUCUCUUAAAGGCCACACCCUUGCAGUUGUUUCAUUAGUUGUUGGGGGUAAUAGGCUAUACUCUGGUUCCAUGGAUAAUUCUAUAAGGGUUUGGAGCCUUGAAACUUUGCAGUGUUUACAGACACUGACAGAGCAUACUUCAGUUGUCAUGUCCCUUCUUUGCUGGGAGCAAUUUCUUUUGUCAUGUUCAUUGGACCAAACUAUAAAGGUGUGGGUGGCUACAGAAAGUGGAUAUUUGGAAGUAACUUACACUCACAAUGAAGAACAUGGCCUGCUUACCCUAUGUGGAACUCCUGACUUUGAAGGCAAACCAGUCCUGCUGUGUUCCUGUAAUGACAAUUCUGUCCGGCUAUAUGAUUUGCCAUCGUUUUCUGAGAGGGGUAAAAUUUUUGCCAAACAAGAGAUUCGUGCCAUUGAAGCAGGACCUGGUGGCUUGUUUUUCACCGGUGACGGUACAGGACAGGUCAGAGUAUGGAAGUGGUCAGCAGAACCAGCUACUGCAUCAUGAUUCAAAGCAAAAUUUUACAAUAUAGGCGUCAAUACUGUCUGUUCGCUGAGUAACUUGUUUCCUUUUCCAUCCUCUUUUUGGUUCUUGACAAAUCCCUGAGUUUUAAGCUGCACGUGUUUUAAGCUGCACCAAAGCUCCGAUGUCACCUUACCAUGUGCCAUAGAUGGAAGCUCAUAUAAAGAAACCAAUAAUGCCAUCAUGAAAUUUUUAUGACAAUUCAAAUUCCAUUGGAUUGAGUUCCAGUUUGCGAUGGUCUCUUGGAUGAUCAACAGUCUUGUAGCCUGAUUUUUCUUACCAUACACAUGUAGGUCUGCUGUUCUAUGUUCUUUGUGCACUGAUGAGUGUUUUUAUGUAACAAUUCGAACUUCUUUUUCUAAUGAAAGCCUAUAAGAUUC